CUUGUGAGUCUAACUGGCCUCAUAAACAGUUGGUGGCAUAACUGUUACAGAGUAUUCAGACCUGUAACUCACAGCUGAUGAGCAUUAGGUGAAUCUGAGGAGCUCUGAAGACGACAUGAUGAUAUCAAUGAAUGUGUGAGCUUGUUUUGGAUUACACUCCUGGUGAACACUAAAUGGAAACACUCAUCAUGCAGCCUAUGAUGGAAUACUAACAAUAUUAAGCGUCCUUUUGUCAGGAUUGACAAGAACCGUACAGCAGCUUGAGGAGUGAGCUUUGGUGAGGGCUCUUCCACAAUGAGAGACCGCUUGGAAGAGCUGCAGCAGAGGGCUCAAGAGUUUUCUGGGGCAGCGAGUGAGAAUACCAACCCUCUCUCAGUGGAGGGUGAUAAUGAUGACUCUUUGGUGGUCGGAGUGAUAACACCACAGGCUGUGGUGUUUGAGGAGGAGCCAAUCAUUGACAAUUUCUUGUCUGAGGCUCAGAAAAUCCGAGAUGACAUCACAGUGCUGGAGACAGAGGUGCUAAAGUUUACUCAGCAGCAAAAGACACUGGUGGCAGCCAUGCGUCGUUUCAGUGUGAUGAAGAAGGAGAGCAGCAUUACACGAAACAUCAAGCUCCAGGCCGAAAGCCUCAACCGGCGUUUAGAUGCUCUUUCAAAACAGGUCCAAAGAACUGAGGAUCAGCAUGGACCCAAUGCUGUUACAACGCGAAUACAAUGCUCCCAGCAUGCAGUGCUGUACCGUAAAUUCCAGCAGGUAAUGCGGCAGUAUAAUGAAGGUCUGCUGACAAAGCAGGAGCGCUGUAAGCACUUCAUUAUCCGGCAGCUGGAGGUAUCCGGAAGGGAUGUGGCGGAGGAGGAGGUAAAUGAGAUGGUCGCCACAGGAAAAUGGGAGGUCUUCAACGAGAACCUGCUGAAUGAUGACAGAAUCACACGGUCACAACUAUCUGAGAUCGAGCAGCGACACAAGGAGCUCUUGAGCCUGGAGAACAAUAUGAAGGAGCUGAGGGACCUGUUCAUGGACAUUUUCAUGCUGGUGGAGGAGCAAGGGGCCUACAUUGACCACAUCCAGACCAAUGUGGAGAGGACACAGGACUAUGUGGCUGCAACUAAUGAGAAGUUCAAGCUGGCUGCCAGGUAUAAGAAGAAGAACCCACUUCGACAGCUGUGCUGCUGCUGCUGCCCUCCCUGGAGAUGCUGCUUAUAACACAUAUACGUUUUUACCUCAAUGGUCAUUCCAAAUAACGUUUUAUUUCAAAAAUAUCACUUACCUUUUGGGAAUGAGCAACACGGAAAUCAAGUACCAUUAAAGUGCAGGUUAUCGUACUGCAAUUUUUGAACAGAGCAGCUCUGAAGACAGAUUCAGCAGAGCAUAGAAAACAAUUAGGGGGAAGGGCCAGAAUUGGUAUUUGAGGCACUUGUUUCUUUCAAGAGGAUGUGAAGCAACCACUAUUGGAAGAGACAGUUCAGUGAGUACUACUCACCAACACUGCUGCUUACUGGAGACCUUCGCUGUCAUCUGACAGAGGUCACAAACAAGGGUAGAUCACUGCUUCUGCCACUGCCACUGCAAGAUCAGCAAAACUGAUAUUUCCCGAUUUCUUUUAAAAGAGCCUCUCAUCUUUUUUGUGCCACAGGAGCUCAUUUUUUAUACAGUAUUUGCACUUUAAGACUCAUCUAUAACUUUUCUCUUUUCUUUUCAGCACAAACUAAAAUUUUUGAGUCACUGUAUAUUCUUUUCAUUUCUUGGUCCACAUGCUGAUGAAAAAAAAAGAACUUGUUUUACAAUUAGUCAUUAGUCUCAUUUGCAUUUCAAAGUCUUAUCAAUUUCAGUGAAGAAAAUGUUAUUAAUUUAUGCGGUUUCACAGAGGCGGGGAUUCAAGUAAAACUCUGAAUAACAAGCCUUGCUCAAAAUGUUUCUGUCAAGAGGACAAAACUGCAGAAAAUUGUUGAAUUUUUCAUUUCAGGAAAUAUUUAACUUCUCAUGAUGUUUUGUGUUUUGGAGUGUGAUGGCAAUUCAUUAUUCUAUUGGAACUGUUACAUUGUUCAGAUAAAAAUAUCUGGCAUCUAUAUGCAUCAUUAUUAUUGAUAUCAUUAUGUUGCACAAAAGGGGAGAACCUCUUGCCUGAGGGAGUACCAGCAGUUCAGACAAAAAUACUGGGAAUAUGCUGUAUAACCGAUAAACACACCUUUUGACAGGUAAUCAUCUCCUGUUUCAUUUUUUACUUAAUGCUCAGUUGAAAAUACCCACUCACUUCCCCUGAUGGGAUAAUGACUGAGAUGUAAAUAACCAGUCAUUUAUUUCAGGAGAUACAGCCACUUCAUUCUGUUGAUCUCACUUGCUCACAGAAUGACUUAAAACUGACCUCUCAUCAGCAGUGACAGUUAUGUUCCUCAGUGAGCCCAUGGUAUCUGGUGUCCAGGACAAAAUACUGAACUGGGUGUGCCAAAGCCAGACUGGAAAAACCAGGUUUGUCUGCUAUUCCAGGAUAGCUGCCAGACAGCUACUGUAUGUUCCAGGUAACAGUGCGUAAACAGAAGUGUUCUCUUCUAGCAGAUGGUAAGAGGACCCGUCUCUGUUGAGUAGUCUUCCUUUUAAAGGAAAUACUCCUAGGUUCAGAGAAUAAUUAAAAGCGAGCACACAUGUCAACUUGACAUUAUGAGGAAAAUGGGCAACAGAAGAACCAAACAGUGGUAAAAAAAAUAUCUAUUUUAAGUCAAUUUAUUCAUCGCAUGAGGGACUGACAUCUCAUGUUACAUGUCAAAAAACACCAUCUGUCAGCGCGGUUUUUUAUUUAGGUUAACUAUUAUUUACACUGAUCCGUCAGAUCUAGUAGAGGAACCAGGUGUGACAUGUAUGAGCUGAGGUGUUUGAUUACUUCUGCUAUCUGACUGGAAAAGUCUUGUGAUUUUCUGUGUUUUGCAUCAGUCUCAGUCUGAUUAGAAUGACAUUCUGAGAGAUAGGCAUACAUCAAAUAUGUAAAUUCCAAAUAUGUAAAUCCAAUAACAAUACAUUGUA